CACUGUGAUGUUGCCACCACAUUAGAUCUAACCUGCUGCCAUCAUUUUCUUACACUUCUUAUCUUAUAUAUACACACACAUACAUACACGUCCUAGUAGCCAACACCAAUCCCCCCCUCUCUCUCUCUAACCUGCAUUGGUUGGAAGAUGGAUACUCUUAUUAUAAGAUCAUCCGCCAAGAUCUUUACAAAAGAAACUUUACCAUUAUCAAGAAGAACUCUUGUCGGUAAAUGUUCUGAUACCAAUUUGUUCCGACCUUGGCCAUUUGGUGUUACUACUACCGUCUCUCAAAAACCCAUUUUGCUUCGACACAGAACUAUUCAAUGCGUCGCUUCGUCAUCUCAUUUUUCAUCUGAAACAGGGGCGUGGACAAGCUUGGAUACUGCAAAUAUCAGGAUUCAAACAAUACAGCCAUCAAAGACUGUUCAUGUGAAAUUCCAGUUAGAGAAGAAAUGCCGGUUUGGUGAGCACUUUUUCGUGGUUGGGAAUGACCCUAUUAUAGGUUCAUGGAAUCCCUCAGAUGCCAUACCACUAACCUGGUCAGAUGGACACAUUUGGACAGCUAAACUGGAUUUACCCAUUGGAAGGUCAGUCCAGUUCAAGUACAUACUGAAACAAGAAACAGGGGAUAUUGUGUGGCAACCUGGCCCUGACCGUAUUUUCCACACUUGGCAAACCGAGAACACAAUAGUUGUCGAGGAAGAUUGGGAAAAUGCUGAACUUCAGAAAAUAAUUGAGGAUCUAGAAGACGAACUGACAUUUGAUAUUGAGAAGGAGACGAUCAAUAUUGGUGGGAACGUGACUCACUCUCACUUAAGAGAGGAACUUAUGCCUAAAGCAAAUGCGAAAUACAAACCAUGGAUUAGCAGAAACAAAAAAUUCAUAACUGCAGCAGAGGAAAUGAGUGGUCCAAAAGAGGGGUCCUCGAAGCUUCACAUUGGAGACAGAGGUUACAAAAGAGAUACUGAAGGCAAAAACAUAAGGAGAGCUACGACGGAAAGGAAUGCAAAAAGCAUGGAAGAUGAUGGAGGGACUGUGAUUACAAGUGAAGAAGGUCAUGUUCUGGUACCUGGCCUGAAUCCACUGCAAGAGACCUCUGCCGGUGAAGCAUAUCCUGAAGAAAUUGGUAAAUUCAUUGUUGCUGAUGCCUCAGCUAGAACUGAUGUAGCUUAAGGACUAAAAAAAUAACUUCUUGUCGAGUUAAGCUAUUUGAUGCAAGUACAUCUAUGCACUAGUUUUUGUCUGUUGAGUCCAUCCCAUUUGGAAAUCUGAGAGCCAAUAUUGUUAAUGUGGUAUUGGCAUGAAACCCCUCUUCUUCUUCUUUUUGACACAUAUUGCUUAUUGAGAGUAAUAUCGAGCUUUCUUUGUUUCUA